UAUGAAAGCUCUACUAUUCGUUUUCUAUAAUUUUUUACUGUACCACUGUAGCUUUGAAGAUGAGAAUUGUUUACAGCCGGCUUUCAAAUUUUAUCAAAGUUUAGCAACUGUCUUGAAUGCUAGUCUGGCUAAAAGAAUUCUAUUAUUUAAUGAAGAUAACUUUGAAAUAAAUGAAUUUAUUGACGAAUUAUCUAAAAAUGGACAAACUGUUGAGAAGUAUACAUGGAAUUCUGAACCUUAUGUAAAUUUAGACCAUUAUAUUCAUUAUUAUUCUGGCAAUCUUAACGAUACAAAAAAAGCACUGGAAAGGAUUAAGGAUUAUAAGAUUAUAGGACCUUUGUAUAAAUGGAUAUUCUAUGUUAAUAAUUCAGACUAUGCCAAUGUUUAUCAAAUGUUUAAAAAGUCCUUAAAUCCUGGAGAUAAUGUUUUAUGGCUUUUUCACUCUGGUAAUAAGAUUUUAAUUAAACAAUGGAAAAAUAUAUACUUUAGCCAAAUUGGAUAUUGUACGAAUAGAGAAAUAUAUUUGACAAGUUCGCUAUUUCUACCAUUUACGGGUUUUUAUGGAAAAGAAUUUACUGUUGCCCUUAUGGAGUUUGAAUAUUUUCAAGUACGAAAAGAAUUUGGUGGCAGGGUAUUGUAUUUUGGUAUUUUCAUUGAUAUACUUACUCUAUUAGCGGAGCGUUUAAAGUUUAAAUUUAAAAUUAUUGAACCUAAAGGACCAAAUAAUAAUAUGUCAAUUGAUGAUAUGAUGCAAUAUAUAAGCCAAAGAAAAGCUGAUCUUUCUAUUGGACCAUAUAGAGUAUCAGAUGAUGGAAUGAAAAUUGUUGAUUUUCUUACAACGUUUCACCUAGAAAGUUCCGGUUUACUUUUAAGAAAGCCUAAUGCCUUUCAAUCCUUCUACUUAACCAAACCAUUUAAACAAGAAGCAUUUAAUACGUUUAGAUUUUAUCUAUGGUACACUGUUGGAGCUUCAUUAAAUCAAGGAGGCAAAAUACUUCACGAUAAUAAACCUUGGGUUAAAAUAGUUAUUUCCUUUAUGUGGCUUUCAAUUGUAAUACUUUUAGCUGUAUUUUUUGAAGAUGCUUUAAACAAUGAAAAUUUUGAACUAGUAACAUUUGAAACUAGUGACUAUACAUUAUUAUUUAGAACAUCAAAAUUAAGCCUGUUUAAGAGAGUUUGGGAAAAACUAACAAAGAAUAGAAAAAAGUAUAUACUGCCUAGUAUUAGAACAUCAAUAAGUAGUUUAGAAGAAGGUAAAAAUGCUUUAAUGAAUGAUAGAAGCGUAUUAACUUUUAUGGAAAAUGUCGAUUGUUCUCUAACAACAACUCCAAAAAAGAAUGAUUUCGCAUAUUUCCCAACAUCUUUUAUGGUCCCAAAAAAUUCACCAUAUCAACGAGUCUUGGGAAGUUCUUUACUUGAAGUUUGCCUAGAUUUCGGAUUUAAAAUUGCCAUCUUUAAAAACUAUAAUAUAGUACCGAAACCUACGAAAUGUGAUGUAACAAAGUCUCUCUCAUCAAUAAGCUUAGACAUGAUUCGACCGGCAAUAUAUCUAUAUGUGAGCGGUGUUGCGCUAUCAAUUGGUAUCUUUUUAGCAGAGAGAUUAGUACAGUUUUUGAAGACGGAGAGAAAGAAUAGUGUAUAUCCUUCAUCAGUAGAGGGAAAUUGA